AUGCCCCAAACGCUGAGUUCUACCAGUAUGUUUACCCCAUGUGGCUUCAGUCCUCAUCUACAUACUUCAAAAGAAGGUGAACAAGGAGGACUGAUCUUCCAGGAUGGAAACCUUACCUCAGCAUCUCUGGAUGCUCUAAUCCAGCAUCUGAUACCUACCACUGAUUACUACCCUGAAAAAGCCUAUAUCUUUACAUUCCUGCUGAGUUCCAGACUCUUCAUUGAACCCCAUGAGCUUUUGUCCCGAGUUUGUCACAAGUGCAUUGAGCAGCAGCGGCUGGAUGACCCCGUGCUGGACAAGGCUCGAAUCAGAAAAUUUGGACCCAAAAUCUUACAGUUGCUGACAGAGUGGACAGAGACAUUCCCGUAUGACUUUCAGGAAGAGCGGAUGAUUGGCCAUCUGAAAGACAUGAUUCACAGGAUAGCCCCAUGUGAUGAGGCAUACUGGAAAAAGAUGAAUCAGCUUUUGCAAGCCCUUAAUCAGAAGCUUGCAACCCUCAGCCAUGGGCAAGAAGGGAUUGUCAAGAUCAGUACUGCUGUCUCUGAUAAGCUGGUUGCCUUCAAAACUAAACCUCCAUCAAUUCAGAGAGAAAUCCUGAGCGUCUGCAGUGACCCUUACACCCUGGCUCAGCAGCUGACACAUGUGGAGCUGGAAAGACUAAGUCACAUUGGACCUGAGGAGUUUGUGCAGGCGUUUGUACAUAAGGACCCUCUGGAUGGUACCAAGACUUGUUUCAGUGAACAGAAGAAGACAAGUAACCUUGAGGCCUAUGUGAAAUGGUUCAAUAGACUCUGCUAUCUUGUAGCAACAGAAAUUUGCAUGCCUGCAAAAAAGAAGCAGCGAGCACAAGUCAUUGAAUUCUUCAUUGACGUUGCCCGAGAGUGCUUUAACAUAGGGAAUUUUAAUUCACUGAUGGCAAUCAUUUCUGGAAUGAAUAUGAGUCCAGUUUCCAGGCUAAAGAAGACUUGGUCAAAAGUGAAAACAGCCAAAUUUUUCAUUCUUGAGCACCAGAUGGACCCUACCGGCAACUUCUACAACUACCGGACAGCGCUGCGGGGGGCUGCCCACAGGUCCCUCACCGCACACAGCAACAGGGAGAAGAUUGUGAUUCCCUUCUUCAGCCUAUUGAUCAAAGACAUUUAUUUUUUGAAUGAGGGAUGUGCUAAUCGCCUUCCAAAUGGACACGUCAACUUUGAAAAAUUUCUGGAGCUGGCUAAGCAAGUAGGAGAAUUUAUAACAUGGAAACAAGUGGAGUGUCCAUUUGAGCAAGAUCCUAACAUCAUCCACUACUUGCACACUGCUCCCAUUUUUACUGAAGAUGGUUUGUAUCUGGCUUCCUAUGAAAGUGAAAGUCCGGAAAACCAGACAGAAAAAGACAGGUGGAAAUCCUUAAGAUCCACUAUUUUAGGAAAGACUUGAAGAUUGAGAGAUUGUUGUUGAAGAUUGAGAGAUUAUUGCAGUAGGUCAAGGAAAAGAAAUCGGCAAACAUUUUGCACUACUGAUUCCAAAGAUGCCUGUUUGGGAUUUGGACAAUUUCUUUUGUUUGAGGGGUUUUUUUGUUUGUUUUUUUUUUUUUGGUAGGUUUUUGUUUGUUUGGUUGGUUGGUUGGUUGGUUGGUUUUUUUACUGCCUAACAUGAUGGAUGAACUGGAUUCAUCCACUGAAAUCAACAGAACUGUGCGCACAUUGAUGCUUUUCUAACUAUGAGACAGAGAGAGGACAGACAAACAGACUAUUUGUGGCUGUGCCCAAACUGCGUCAGGAUCACUGUAAUUAUGCCUCUGAAGGAGAAUGCAAGAAAACCAGGAGCAGGGAGAACCGUGGUAUUGAAACAGAGAAUGGAAAAG